AUGACGAGGGACGAGGCGCCGCUGGACUCACAUUCCACAGAGGGUUUCUAUGAGAACUAUGAGCCCAAGGAGAUCCUGGGCAGGGGCGUUAGCAGUGUCGUCAGGCGCUGCAUCCACAAGCCCACGCGCAAGGAGUACGCUGUGAAGAUCAUCGACAUCACCGGCGGGGGCAGCUUCAGCCCCAAGGAGGUGCAGGAGCUGCGCGAGGCCACGCUGAAGGAGGUGGACAUCCUGCACAAGGUGUCAGGGUACCCCAACAUCGUACAGCUGAAGGACAGUUAUGAGACCAACACUUUCUUCUUCUUGGUGUUUGACCUGAUGAAGAAGGGGGAGCUCUUUGAUUACCUCAAUGAGAAGGUCACCCUGAGUGAGAAGGAAACCAGGAAGAUUAUGAGAGCCCUGCUGGAGGUCAUCCGCACGCUGCACAAACACGACAUCGUGCAUCGGGACCUGAAGCCCGAGAACAUCCUCUUGGACGACGACAUGAACAUCAAGCUCACAGACUUCGGCUUCUCCUGCCAGCUGAAGCCAGGGGAGAAGCUGCGAGAGAUCUGUGGGACCCCCAGUUACCUGGCCCCCGAGAUCAUCGAGUGCUCCAUGAACAGCGACCACCCGGGCUACGGGAAGGAGGUGGACAUGUGGAGCACGGGGGUCAUCAUGUACACCCUCCUGGCCGGCUCCCCGCCCUUCUGGCACCGGAAGCAGAUGCUGAUGCUGAGGAUGAUCAUGAGUGGCAACUACCAGUUUGGCUCACCCGAGUGGGACGACUACUCGGACACCGUGAAAGACCUGGUCUCCCGCUUCCUGGUGGUGAACCCCCAGGGCCGCCUCACCGCGGAAGAGGCCUUGGCGCACCCCUUCUUCCAGCAGUAUGACGCCGAGGAGGUGCGGCACUUCAGCCCCCGGGGCAAGUUCAAGGUGAUCGCUCUGACAGUGCUGGCUUCCGUGCGGAUCUACUCCCAGUACCACCGGGUGAAGCCCGUGACCCGGGAGAUGGUCAUGCGUGACCCCUAUUCCCUCCGGCCCCUGCGCCGGCUCAUCGACGCCUACGCCUUCCGGAUGUACGGCCACUGGGUGAAGAAGGGCCAGGAGCAGAACCGGGCCGCGCUCUUCGAGAACACCCCCAAGGCCGUGCUGCUCUCCGUGGCGGAGAAGGACGACUGA